AUGACUGAACACCCUCAGUCUGCUCCUCCGCCACCGAUCGAUACCGCUUCCUGCGUCAUCGACAUGAACCGCACGCAUUUUCCGGAACAUUGUAGAAAGGGUUCCAUUCUGGCGCAACGUCCUGCUAAACGCGUUCGUCUGACAACUGCGAACAGCGUUAACGCAAACAGCUUUGUCCCUUAUAUUACUGACCUAGGCAAUACACAGAUGAAUAAGCUCAAGUCUGAACAAAAGGCCAAAAUCAAGAACUUUGUAACAUGGACCCAGACCAGCGAACAAAUAGCUUACACUUGCUUGUCGAGGGCCAAUUGGAAUAUGGAGUAUGCCGUCGACCUAUUUUACCAGGUUUGUUUCCUUGUAAAGUUGUCGCUGCAUUUCCUUGAUAAUUCUAACAAUACUCCCCUCUUUUUUGGAGAUAUUUGCAUUGGCCCAUUUGCAAAAGUAGUAGAACAUAUGAAAGCAUCCCCAUACAAACCUGCUCCUGCCUUGAAAAGGAUGAGCGAAAGAUUAUAUGUUGCAAAUGUAGAAGUUUAACC